AUGAUUGUAAAAGAACUUUUAAAAGAUCACGCACGUUUUGACAGACGUUCACUCCUCGAACAAAGAACAUAUAAUAUUGAAAAACUAGAAAAUUUCUAUCUUUAUACCGGUGAUAAUACACAAAUUAUAGCCAUGUAUUAUAUAUCACAAUCUAAACCAUACAUAGAUAAACCCAAUGAAGGAAUUAUCACCUUUAAUUGUAUUUCUACUUUUAGAAGAACUGAUAGACUAAACAGCUUCCUUAAAAAAAUUUAUAUAAAUUCAAAAUGUAUAGACUUAGAAGCCUUGUGUAUUAAAUAUGGUGUUGAAGUAAAAAAUAUAGUAAUAGAAUUAAGAAUAUUGACUAAUGACAGUGAAUGUUAUGAAUCAUCUGUAAAUAUUGUAAAUUACUUACUUAAAGAUUUAGAUAUUUCUGUAAAUUUUGUACCAUCUUGUUUUUAUUUUGUUGCAAUUGAUAACUUGAUUCUUAGAGAUCCAAUAGAUAUAGAAGAUAAUGAUAAAGAUUGGUAUUAUUUGAUUGUUAAGAAGUCGAGGAAUGAAUAUUUAUUUAUUGAAAAGGCAGGUAAAGAAAAUACGUUAGAUGAUAUUUAUCAAAUAUUAGAAAUAUCCUCUGAUACCAAGGAAUAA